AUGGCUUUCGUAUGUCAUCUUUCCAUCGAUAUGUCCCUUCUACGUCUUCAAGACAAGCACAUUAUGAAGGCAAUUUGGGAAGAAACUGAAAGAGUUUUUCGACCAAGAAGACAUGCAAUCUGGAUAGCUAAGCAUGUCGACAAAUUCAAUCAAAUAGUCAGGAAUAUACUAGAAACAACAGGGUUUAGCCAUAUUUUGAAAGUUUCAAAUAUGGAAAUAAAUCACUUGCUAGUGACUGCUUUGGUCAAGAGGUGGAGAAUAAAGACUUAUACUUUCCACUUGCCUCUUGGGAAAACUACAAUAACACUGGAAGAUGUUGCAUUGCAACUAAGGCUUCCGAUUGAAGGUCAUGCUGUCACUGGCAUCAGUGGUGGACCUCUUACAUUUUUUUGUCAACAACUACUAGGAGAUGUUCCUCCGGAGAACAAUAUUAGAGGCAACAAAAUUAAAUUUUCCUGGCUCAAUAAUACAUUUCGCCAGUUGCCUCAUGAAGCGACAAAUGAGGUUAUUCAACAAUAUGCUAGAACGUACAUGUUGAUGAUAAUUGGCAGCAUAAUAAUGCCAGAUACAUUUGCAAGUAUGGUUCAUUUGAUGUAUCUGCCCCUUUUAGUUGACUUGCAGAACGUCUCAAACUAUAGUUGGGCAUCUGCAGUGCUUUCCUGCUUGUAUCGUGCCCUCAAUCAUGGUACAAGGGUCGAUCAAGACAAUAUCAGAAGGUGCAUGAUAUUGUUACAGUGUUGGGAAUGA